UUCCAUAUGACCUGGAUUUGCAUACUUGGGUCAGGGCUGGCCAUGAUUGUUGUAUCUUCAGGGUUAGUGGUGUUCUUUUGCCCAGCAGGUGCACUGUAUGGGCUUCCAGAAGUCAUUGGGUUUCUGAAUGGUGCUUCUAUUCAACACAUUUUUAAUAUCAAGACUUUUUUUGGGACGUUUGUUUCUUGUGUGCUGGCUGUGGCUUCUGGGCUCUUCUGUGGACUGGAAGGCCCUAUGAUUCACUUGGGGGCAAUAAUAGGAUGUGGCCUGACCCAGUUCAAGUCAGACACCCUUGGAAUUCAGCUGCCCUUCUUCACCAGGUUUUGGAAUUCAGCUGAUAAGAGGAAUUUCAUCACAGCUGGUGCAGGAGCAGGAAUAGCCUCGGUAUUCCGUGCCCCAGUGGGUGGACUCUUGUUCACAUUGGAAGAGGUGGCCUCUUUCUGGGACAUCAGACUGGCCUGGCAAACUUUCUUCUGCUGCUUGAUGGCUGCCUUCACUACGGAUUUACUCUCUUCAUCUCUUUCUGGGUUUGUUUACAGAGGUCAUUUUGGAUUUUUCAAAGCACAGAAAAGAAUUUUAUUUUGGGUGUGUACCAAAUGAACUAUUUUUGAAUAAAAAUAUAGCUCAUGGAUUUAUAAUGUAUAUGGCAAAUACCCAUAUCUCUUUGGGCCUGUGAUGGA